GGGUAUGGAUACGGCCCUGGGAGCAACCUUCCCUCCCUCCAUGCCGCUCUCAUCCUCCUCCAUCCCUGUCACGUGGCUUCCACUGUGUCCCUCCAGCGCGUCAUGACGAGCCUCAAACACAGGUGAUGCCUAUUAGCCUCCCAACCUCUUUCUUUCCGGUGAAAGAGAUUUUUCUUUUUCUGUAGGUUAGCGCUUGGGUGAGCUGAAGCAGGUUUUUGCUGGUACUAAUAUGUCUGAGCAGUGAGCAUGGCGGAAAAUCAUCUGGAGUACCACUACCUUGAGGGCGAGCCUAUGGGCGAGCAUUUCAACGAGGACCCGGAGCUUAUGGCCAUCAAGGCCAGGGUUCAGGAGCUGGAAAUGGAAGAAGAGACUGAAAAGCUGAAGGAGGAGGAUGAGAGAUGUGACGCAGAGGAGAUGCAGCUCCUGACCAGCAGCCCCCGGCCUGGACCGUUCUACAGUAUGACUCCUGAGGAGAGGAUAGAUGCAGACAACCGAUCAAUAUAUGUUGGAAAUGUAGAUUAUGGAGCAACUGCAGAUGAGCUAGAGAUCCAUUUCAAUGGCUGUGGUCCUGUAAACAGAGUUACCAUCCUGUGUGACAGGUUCUCCGGCCAUCCCAAAGGCUUUGCUUACAUUGAGUUCUCUGAUCGAGAUUCUGUGCAGAGUGCCAUUGGUUUGCAUGAGACAGUGUUCAGAGGACGAGUUCUUAAGGUGUUUCCUAAGAGAACCAACAUGCCCGGUAUUAGCACCACGGACAGAGGAGGACACAGAGGAGGUCACAACAGAGGCAGAGGCCGUGGCUACCGUCCACCCAGAUACCAGAACAGUUCUCGAGGCAGAUUCCGGUAUCAGUCUUCAAGACCACAGCACCAGUCCCCCCACCCUUAUUACGGAGGACCGUCAGCAGGAAAGAGACAGUGGGGCCACAUGGACUACCAUGAACAAACUCCAAAACGUUACCCCUGUCUCCUCCUCAUCACGCCACCAUCUGAGGAUCUCGGGGCAGGGUCAAGUGGACAGCACUACCCUCAGCAGCGUUAGCACUACCAACAGAAUAUCUGUUGGCUGGGUGGGAGUGAUUUUUAAACUGUAAAUGCUUUCCAGCAUAAUAAAAGUAUUUUGAUGUCUAGGAGUGACCUGUGUGUCCACUAUUCAUCCAGGUGAGAUCUGACAAAAGCUGACUGGGGUUGAUUUGUUACAAGUUUGUUGCUGUGAAUGCAUGUGACAGUCCUCAAGUUGCAUCUGUUUUUAAAAACUGAUUGUGGUUAUGUUUUGUAAUGUAUAACCCCCCUAUGUGUAACUGACAAGCUCUUUGCUACGUGAAUAAAUAAAAAUUAUUCAGCACUCCAGGUGUACUAAAAGACA